AUGGAGAUGUGCUCGGACGAGGCUGUGAAGUACAUGUGGGAGGGGGCGAUCCCUCUCCAGAUCCAUCUCCAUGAAUCCGAGGUCACCACGCUACCUCCUCCUUCCCCGAUCUUGUUAAGCUCUAUUAAUUCGCCUGAACUCAGGUGGGGGCCAGAUAAAUUUCCUAAAGAGACUCCACUUGUCUUCUAUAGAGAAGGAAAGCCGAUAGAUCCCCCACUCGGCAUAUUUGACGGCCUAAAAGUAGUGCUUGAGAGUAUGGCAUCUUACACAGAUCGCGAAGUUCCUAAACAAACAUUAAAGCUAUGGCGAACUCAAUCACCGAGGCACUUCUAUGGUGGGGAAUGGGAUCAUAAUGGCAGCUGCUUAUUCGAUGAGCCCCCGAAAGAUAAUGAGCUUGAUUCUUGGUUCGAUCCGAGGAACAGAGGAGUAAACAAAGAAGCAAGGGAAGUGAACACUCUCAUUCAAAGUGCUUUAAUUGGCACAGACAUACAAUUAUUCAAUUUGACCUAUUUAAGUGAGUUUCGGGCUGAUGCUCAUCCAGCAAUAUGGCUGGGAAAGAAGGAUGUCGUUGCCAUAUGGGGACAGAACUGCAUGCAUUGGUGCCUUCCCGGACUACCCGAUACAUGGGUCGACAUCUUGGUUGCGCGAAUCAUGCACUAUUUUCAACAGGGUAAGCAUAGGAAAAAUUAAAAGAAAAAUUGACCCUUCAAACCCUAUUCUCUGAAGAUCGGCCUGAUUUAUUGAAACAAACUGGAGGACUUAUUUUUCUCAAAGAAGCCGCUGAUUCUUCUGACAGCCAAAUGGUUCUUAAACAAUGAGGUAUGCACCAAGCAUCUUCCUUGUAGUCUCGAAUUUUUCCUUCCUCCCUAUGUAGAAGUUUCGUGCGGUUCCAUUCAUUGAUUCAUUAAUCCGUAUGUACGGGAUGUGUUUCCAUUGAUUUAUUAAUUAGUACGCGCUUUAAGCUUCGGGUUUUGGUAUCUUGUCGCAAAAGCCUCUCGAAAGACAUGUUAGACUAGUUUUUCUUGUCGAUUUCUCUGAAAUUAACAAUGUUUUGGCAUCUUACGGUAUCUGUUAUACAACUUUUUCUUGCU